AAAACCAGCCAGAUUUCGCGGUGCAGAAACACCGCCAACAAAGCCGAUCAAACUGUAUCCAUGAAAAAAAAAACACCACUACACGUUUCUGAAUUGCUUUGUGAAUCACGGUUGAGCCGGUUUUGUUACAUUUUGUUGUAGUUGCAAACUGGCAGCCAUGUCGCAGGCCACAUCGUUCGCUGCAACAGCAGGCACCCUCGUGGUAGCCUCGGCGCGGGCCAACGCCAGCUCUUCCUGUUCCACCACUCGCAGCUCGCAAUUGGGUUCCUCCUUCUUCGACCGGAGGUUGAAGAUCCGUCAAGUUACUAAGGGAUCUCUCGCCAAGGGGUCGCAGAGGGAGGUCACUGCUGUGAGAGCCAUGGACAGCUUUCUGGGAAUGUUGGGACUCGGCUCGCACGGCCCUGCGAACUUCGACCCUGCUGAUGUUGCGAUUGCGCAGGGUCCGGACGAUGACAAACCCGUGAGUGGAUGCGAGUUCGCAUGUUUUGGAGCUGGGUGCUUCUGGGGCGUGGAGCUCGCGUAUCAGCGUGUGCCAGGUGUGUACAAGACAGAAGUGGGUUACACGCAAGGGCAAAUGCACAUGCCCACAUAUGAGGCCGUCUGCUCGGGCAUGACAGGUCAUUCUGAAGUUGUUAGGGUGCAGUAUAAUCCUGCGGAGGUCAGUUACGAGACUCUGCUCGGUGUAUUCUGGGAUCGUCAUGAUCCCACAACCCUAAAUCGACAGGGUGGUGAUGUUGGAACUCAAUAUCGAUCUGGUAUCUACACCUACACGCCUGAGCAAGAGAGAAUAGCCAAGCAGUCACUCGAAAACCACCAGAGGUCCUUGAACCGGAAAAUUGUGACCGAGAUCCUUCCGGCCAAAAAGUUCUAUCGAGCAGAGAACUAUCACCAGCAGUAUUUGGCUAAGGGUGGCAGGAUGGGCUUUAAGCAGUCCGCAGAGAAGGGAUGCAAGGACCCAAUCCGGUGCUACGGCUAAGCUUACGUACAUAUUAUGCUGUUUUAUACGUUCCUUGUAUGAGGAUUUUUGGAUUGUUGAGUUUUCGCUGGAGCUGAGGAGUUCUAUUGUCAGGUGUCUCUCCUCAGACGUUUGGAGUAGCAAUGUGUAUCCUUCGUCCAGUUACAUAGUUCUAAACGAGCUUCAUACGGUAGAACUCAGGACCGAGUUGCGUUCUUCGUCCCUCGUAGGCAUCUUUUGAUACGCAUCCUCCUUCACUCAGAUGCAGGAAGACCAAUUUUUGCAACUGUAUCCAAUCUGCAGCAUUCGUCUGUCGACUAGUUGUGUGUUUUCAAGCUGACUGGAAUGACCCACAUGAGAAAAUUGCCCGCGACGUUGGGGGCUGCUUUCAACGCCGAAUUGUGCUGAUAAUGGAAAUGUUAUCAAUACGUUGUUGACAUGU